CUAAGCACCCGCCUCCCACCAUUAUAUCUGCGGCCCCGUGCCCCCCAUCUCUUGCUUCUGCCCUGCCAAGAAAAAACACCACCCACUCCCGCCAUCCAUCGCGACUCGACUGCAAUGGCCGACUCUACUCCCGCCCAGCCUGCGACCACACAACCACCUGCUCCCGCACAACAGGCUUCAACGUCGCAGCAAAACACCCCCAACCCUGCCGCCGCCCAACUGUCCACCGACUCUCUAGUCUGUCAGUGGCAGAAUUGCGGCGAGCGCUGCCCAUCUGCUGAGCAGCUAUAUGACCAUGUGUGCGAGCGCCAUGUCGGCCGCAAGAGCACAAACAACCUCAACUUGACCUGCCAAUGGGGCAACUGCCGCACCACCACAGUCAAGCGUGAUCACAUCACCUCUCACAUUCGCGUCCACGUGCCCUUGAAGCCGCACAAGUGCGAUUUCUGCGGCAAAGCCUUCAAGCGUCCGCAGGAUCUCAAGAAGCACGUCAAGACCCACGCCGACGACUCUGUGCUCCUGCGAUCUCCUGAACCCAACCGCGGUGGUCCCCACGGCGGCUCUGGCUACCCUGGCCAAGGCGGUAAACUGGUCGCUGACUUGCAGGCCCUCGCCGCUACAGCAAGUGGAUACCAAUACCCGGAUGGCUCCAUGGGCCACAACGGCGGCUACCAACAGCACCCUGGCGGUGCCCCGGCUGGUUUCUACGGCGGCCCUCCCCAGAACUCUGCCUACGGACCUGUCUACUAUGCCGUCAACCCCGGCCAGCAGAUGAAUCAUGAUUCGUAUGAGAUACGCAAGCGCGCUGUCUACGAUGCCCUCAAUGAGUUUCUUGGAGAUGCCAAGCGCCGUUCCAUCGACCCCAACACCUACUACGACGUUGGCCAGAGACUCAUGGGUCUCCAGGGCGUCCAGUUGCCCGUCAUUGGCGGCGGCGGCUACCAACAUGGUGGCAUGUCCGAGUACGGUCAGGGAGGCGGCACCAUGGUCGCUCAGGCUUCGCACCCACCCAUGCACCCCUACUCUUUGCCCCUGCCCAACCUUCGUACCAAGAGCGAUCUUUUGAACAUCGACUCUUUCCUCGAGCAGCUGCAGAGCACCGUGUACGAGAACCCCAAUCAUGCUGCUGCCGCCGGUGUACAGCAAGCUGGUGUGCACUCCAUUCCCACCAACUCUGCUUACCGGUCUAGCCACUCUCCUCCCUCUUUUGGCUCCACCCACCCCCACUCAUCUCACGUCAAUGCUGUUACUUCAAGCAGCAUCGACACUCCCGCCUUGACUCCUGCCUCCAGCGUUCUGUCCUACAACUCCCAGCACUCUCCAGGCGGCCAUUCCCAGAGCACCAUUUCUCCCACCACGAGAACCUCAAUGGGCAGCAUGUAUCCGACUCUCCCCUCUGUUAGCGCCAUGUCUGACAUGUCUGCCGCUGCACCGUCUUCGGGCCUUGCUUCGGCUUAUGACAUUGAUGGCCGCAGGCGUCCUGCCAACCUUUUGCAAAAGGCUGCGCCCGACCGAAGCCCACGUGACGAGAUGGAAACUUCCGACUCUGGUUCUCCCAAGAACCCAGACAGUCUGCAUCACGAUGUAGACAAUCUCAACAUCCACAGCCCCAAGGUCGACCCAUCCUUGUCGAUACGAUCACCAAGCCAGGUGUCGUCCACAUCGACAGAGCAGCCCGAGAACUCACAAGCGUGGGUUGAGAACAUUAGGACUAUCGAGAGGCUCCGUGCGUACUUGAAGGACCGUCUUGAGGCUCACGACUAUUCUUCGGACGACGAAGAAAAGGAGACUGAGCAGGAACGCCGCAUGAGUGACGAUGCGAGGGACCUGUACCCCGUUCUGCGGGCUGUGCAAGAGGGCCGCGAAUAG